GACACACUGAAGCAAUGCGAGCGUUUCUUUGCAUUUCAACCCGAUUUACUAACUUCCGUUCUAGAUUCUAGGUCCGUGUGUUUUUGCUGGUUCCUUUUGCAAGUCUUGGUCGGGGCUCAAGAGCUGGCGAGACCAGAAAAGAGCCCGAAGAAGGAGGAAGCCAGCCAUGGGAAAGAAGAAGACAGAACCCGAAGAACCCAAGAGCAAUAACGAGGAGCCCAAGGCGGAAGAGACCGAAGACAAGGAAGAUGACCCUCUGAUCAAGGAGCUGAAAGAGCUUGAUGACAAGUAUUUGGAAGUUGAGCGGGAGUACGAGAAGGCCGUCCAGGAGCUGCAGAAGCAAUUUACUGCGAAGCAGCAGCCGUUCUUGGAUCAAAGGAGCAACGUCCUGGCAAAUGUGGAAGCAGCACAAGAUGAGGAGGCAAAGAGCAAAGGCACACCUGCCCUCCUGGGCUUCUGGACAAAGGCUCUGAAGAACCUCCCUGCACUGGAAGACCACAUAGAGGAAUGGGAUGAGCCGGUGCUGGAAUACUGCAAAGACAUCACCAAGUCCUGGAUCGAUGACUCGGACUUGGCCAAAGGCUUCAAGCUGAGCUUCCACUUUGUUGAGAACCCCUACUUUACUAACACAGAGCUUUGCAAGGAGUACCACGUGACUGAAGUCUCCCCGUACACUGGUGAAGUGUCCGCGAAAGAGAUUAAGGCCACCACCAUUGAGUGGAAACCUGGGAAAGAUGUCACAGUGGAGAAGGUGACAAAAAAGGUGAAAGGAGGAGGUGCCAAGAAGGCAAAGCAGAAGGGCAAGGAGAAAGAAGAGCCACGAGACUCGUUCUUCCGAGGUUUCUUCCGCAAUCUGAAGGAGGGCGGAGCCAUUCCAGAGGAUAUCAAUCUAGAAGAAGCCAGGGAGUUGGUAGACGAGGACGAUGAUGACGAUGAGCACAUGUUGGAGCUCCUCAUGGAAAAUGACUACGAGAUUGGCUGCUGCGUGCGGGACCAGCUGAUCCCAUACGCUGUGCGCUUCUUCACAGGGGAGGCGUCUCCCGAGGACCAUGACUAUGACGACGAUGAUGAGGAGGACGAAGAAGAGGAUGAUGAUGAUGAUGACGAUGAUGAUGAGGAGGAGGAUGACGACGACGAACCUCCAAAACAUCAGAAGUACAAGCCCCCAGCCAGAGGGAAGGGCAAGAAGGAUGGCCCUGAUGGCGAGAUAAAGGAAGAAUGCAAGCAGCAAUAGGCUGCAAAUCCUGUGAAGUGAUGGGUUUGGAGUUGCCAAACUGAGUUGCCUUUCGCAGUUGGAUUCCAAGGGAUGUGCAUCCCC